ACAUCAGUUUGAUUUGAUUCAUACACGUCUACACAUCACACAUCACACAUCUCAAGUCUUGGGAAAUUGAGAAAGGAAGAUAAGUUCUAUUCUCUCUUUUCUUUUAUUAAAUAAAACGAUCAUUUCUGUUUUUUUUUUAAAACACAUCGCGAAUACAAAGUAAAACAUCGAAUGAAAUGUUGAAGAUAUUUUCGGUGUUGUUUUUAAUUUCCCUCCCAAUCGAAAAUGUUAUUUCCGAGUCGGGUAUUCACGAAGCCGAAGAAACGCAUCUUUCCAAUCAGUUUGAUGUUGAUUUAACUGGCGACAAUGACGAUACUAACAGAACAAUUUCGAAACGGGCUAGUUUUACUGUAAACUUGGGGAAUCGAAACGCAAAAACAAUUAUGGAUAAUAUUCUUCAAAAAGCGCAACAGCGUUUAAAUGGCUUAUAUUUGGACGAUACGCCUAUCGGACCGCUACGCGAACGAGUUUUUCGCAGAAUCGUGCAUUUAGAUGGAGGAAUAAUUGACCUGCCUGUUCAAUUUAAAGCCCACAUUACACGAUAUAAUCCAAACCGCCGUCUGACAUAUCCACAAGGGCUUGAUGCUUAUUUGGAUCGAAUGGGCUUCCGACAGGGCGAUCAAAGAGGUCAUAUAGUGGCACACUCCCUGGAUGGACCAAACAUUCUACAAAACUUUUUUCCCCAUUCCUCUGUUGUCAAUAAUGGUCGAAUGUGGAAAGCAAGCGAAACAGAGAUUAGGGAUUUCCUCAAAGACCAUCCACAGGGAUACGCCAAAUGGGCUGUCCAGUUUUUCUAUCAUCCAAGAAUGUACCCGACUUCGGUGGUUGGAACAAUACGAACCAAUGAUAUGUAUCGCCCGAUCGGCUAUUGUUUAAUCUACUCCACUUACAAUGUAGUAAAUGGAAAUGCUAUAAUGAUAGGAAAAGAUCGUCAUAACAAUUAUGUAAGGUCUGAUUUACCUGAAUACCAUUGCGGGAACAACUCAGAUCUUGGAGAUGAUGUUGAUGGACUGUUCACUGAUGCAUAUUUUUCAAAUUAACAAUGUACAUUGUACAUGCAAGUGAAAACACACAAUAAAAUAAUUUCUUUGUUGAUUAAAUACUUUCAAUAAUGAAAUUAAACGAGUUAAUACGUUGCAAUUGAA